AUACUUCGUAGGUUGUUGUGGAUGCUCAGCAGGCAACCCGCAUUUCUCCCAAAGCUCAACAACACUGUCAUCGCCUGGGCUCGGAUCGCCAAACAUGGCUCUCGGCAAGAAGGCAUACCCCAAGGCCACUGUCAAGAAGAUUGUCAAGGCUCACUCGGGGCUCAAUCUGAAGAAGAAUGCCGAUGUCACGAUCUUUCUGAACUACGUGCUGUUCAUGGAAACAUUGGUUAAAGAAGCCGCUAUCUACUCCAAGCAGGCUGGUGAUCGUGGUCUCACAGCUCGCAGCGUCAAGAAGGUCACGCGGGAUACUCUGGCCAAAUUCAAAGGCUGAAGCGACCGUUGUCAACUCGGAAAACUGGCAAUGUGCGAAAAUGUGUCAUGGACUAUCCCUCGCCAUGAUGGCCCUGCUCGAGGACACCACGGCAUCUCGCAGGAGCCAUCUUCCGGACAUUGAGCGACGGGAACCAAAGCCACGGAAGAAAGUGUGCAGGGCCUGUCUCAGGACCGCGCGCUCCAGCUCGUGCAUCGACGUCAAAAUGCGGCUGUGCUGUCCGUGAAGGGCAGCGCGGGACUGUCAUCAUCACUUCCAAGAGUGGAGUCGGGACUGGCAGUGUGCGGGGACGGAUGGGGGAGCUGGGAAAACGAGCUGGUUAGGUGGCGGCUGAGAGCACGAGACCAUCAACAUCAGACUUUUGCCCGCACAAUUGGUCGGCCCCAGAACUCUGCGGCAGUUCGCACGGGAUGAAGAAGCUGUAGAUGAGUCUGAAGUAGAAAGACCCGUGAAUUUUCAGCCGAACGCAGGCCGCUGAGCUUGUAUUCUUGGGGCGCCUGGACUCCAAUCACCAUCAGUGGCUAGAUUCUAGAAGCCAGGAG